CGCCGCACCCUCAGGCCUCAACAGCCACUUCCCCGAGAGAAGCCGCCAUGGCCACGCUCUCGCUAUCCUCCCGCCCCCUCACCUUCCUCCGCCCGAACCGUACCAAGCCUCCCCUCCACCGCCUCCUCCGCCACAAGCCCCUCGCCUCGUCCUCCGCCUCCGCCCUCACGCCGCCGACUCCCCGCGCCGACCCCUCCCCCACCCCCGACCCCGACCCCACCCCGCUCUUCCUCCGCUCGGCGUCCCACCCGGUCCCGGCCGCGGCCCUCGUCUCCUUCCGCCGCCGCGCGGCCGCGCUCGUCCCGCCCUCCGCGCCGCACCUCCACCGCCACCUCCGCUGGCUCCUCGCCGACGCCGCCGCCGACCCCUCCUCCGACCCGGCGCUCCUCCGCGCGCCGCUGGACGACCUCGAGGCCAUGUGGACCCGACACGUCCGGGAACGGCGCCCGUUCCAGUACGUGGUCGGGAACGAGCACUGGCGGGACCUGGUGGUGGCGGUGAGAGAGGGCGUGCUCAUCCCGCGGCCGGAGACGGAGGCGGUCGUGGACAUGAUAAGAAAAGUGGAGGGGUUCGCGGACGGGUGGUGGGCGGACCUCGGCACCGGGAGCGGCGCCAUCGCCGUGGCCGUGGCGAGGGAGCUCGGGCACGAGGGGAGGGUGUUCGCCGUUGAUGUCAGCGAGGUGGCCGUCGAGGUCGCGACGCUCAAUGUCCAGAGGUAUGGGGUGCAGGGUAAAGUUGAAAUAAGGCAUGGUUCGUGGUUCAAACCUCUGGAAGAUGUGAAAGGAAAACUCAUGGGUGUGAUUAGUAACCCUCCGUAUAUUCCAACCGAUGAUUUACCUGGACUGCAACCAGAGGUUGGUUGGCAUGAACCAAAGUUGGCGCUUGACGGAGGCAAGGAAGGCCUUGAGCAUCUGCUCCAUCUUUGUGAAGGCUUAUCUUCAGUCCUGAAGCCUGGAGGUUUCUUUGUUUUUGAGACUAAUGGCAAUAAGCAGUCCGAGUUCCUUGUUGAUUUGAUAAGCACAAAGUGGAAUUCUUCUUUUCAUAAUGUGGAGGCAGUAUUAGACUUUGCAGAAAUCAAGCGUUUUGUAACAGGAUAUCGCAGAUGAACACCAAAGCAUGGAUGUUGAUGUAAUCCUUUGGAGAUAAAAAGACUUUGGCCCUUGCCAUUUAAAAAAUGGGAUCGGUCUGGGAUGGCUUCAGCAGAAAGCAAACAACUCAUACCAUUGCCCUCUGCAGAGCUUAUCACUUGCAGUUUAAGCCUGGUGGUGGCAAUGAUAUAUCAGAAAGUCAAUCAUCAAUAUAUAUAUUCUUUAGGCACGCGAGGUAAUAUUUUCACCAAAGCCAAGCCAAGGACCGAUCAAUGGUUCAACUGCACAAGGAAGCUGUACAAUAGACAAGAGUUGGCAGUUUGCAUUCAGAAGCAUGUAUUUGGCCACUUGUUUUGCGGCGUGUUGGGUGAUGAUUGUGAUUUAAAGUGGAGGCUUUUGUGGCUUCCAAAAUUAUUCCGCCGUCCACGCGCCACUUUGUGUGCUUAAUUAUUGAUACCGUGGGCCGGGUGAUUUUUUUUUGUAUUUUUUUCUUUUUUGGCCCCUCCUUUGGAUCCAUCUCCAGGUAAAUUCCAUGGAAGAUGAAGUCCAUGUUUUAUUUUAUUUUUUCAUUCUUUCUAGUAAUCCCAGAAAUCUUGAAUGAAAAAACAGAAGACAUACCUAAGGAUGACUUUACACUGCAGUAACAAUUUUGUGGCUGGAUUGCUGAUGAA